UGCCGCUCCCCGAGAUCCCUCCAGCGCCAGUGACUCCUGAACCUCCCUCUGUCCCCCCAUCUCCCUCCUCAUCCUCCUCGCCGUCUCACUCCCCCCUCCCUCCCCUCUCACUCCCCUCACCCCCGCCUCCACCAGAAGAACAAGAGGAGCCCUCCCAGCCUCCAAGCCCCAUCGCUCCUACAUCCCCAUCUCCGCCACCUCCCGCACUCGCUCCUCUCCCUCAGCCUGCCACUCCUCCACCUGCGACAUCGCCUUCGCCUCCUUCCCCUCCUCCUCCUCCUUCCCCUCCUCCCCCUGCUCCUGAGCCUCCUACUCAGAAGGAGUCUCCCAUGCCAUCUCCAGAGUCCCCCGCCUCUCCCGAAGAGCCCCCACCUCCCAAAAUCACCUCGCUGCAUCUUGCCCAGAAGCAAGAAGAUGCUGCCAUUGUUGGAGAGAGUGAGGAGGAUGAGAGCGAAAGUGGCGGGGAGGGAAUCUUCAGAGAAAGGGACGAGUUUGUGGUGCGAGUGGAAGACAUCCGGACUCUCAAGCUGGCCCUGCAGACGGGCCGUGAGCCUCCACCCAUCUGGAGAGUGCAGAAAGCCCUGCUGCAGAAGUUCAGUCCAGAGAUUAAAGAUGGGCAGAGGCAGUUCUGCGCCACAAGCAAUUAUCUUGGCUACUUUGGAGAUGCCAAGAGACGAUACCAGCGAAUCUAUGUCAAGUUUUUGGAGAAUGUCAAUAAGAAGGACUACGUCAGAGUCUGCUCUCGGAGGCCUUGGCGCAGAGCCACACCUGCUCUCAGACGCCAGUCCCUCCCGAGGAUGGCCUCCCCUCCCGCGUCCCAGGCGCCACCCAAAGUAGCGGAAAAAGAGGAGAGAGUGGCUCCACCAGUCCCACGCGAACAGAGAGAGAAAACGAGAACAGCGAGUACAACAACGGCGAAAGAUCAACGGGAGAAGAAGGAGGCUCCAUCUGCCGUGCCGAAAGCCAAGGAGAGAGAGAGGGAGAAAGAAAAAGAGAAGGAGCAUGAGAAGGAGCGUGAGAGAGAGAAGGAGAAGCGAGUGCAGCCGCAGCAGGACAAAGUAGAGAAACGAGCUGCAGCAACAGAACGAGGUCGGGUGAAGGAGGAGAAGAAAGCCGUGGAGAGGAAAGAGAAGGAAAAGGCUGAGCGCCCACCCAAGUCCAAGCCGGCCAAAGUGAAGGCCGAGCCACCGCCCAAGAAGAGGAAGAAGUGGCUGAAGGAAGUACCUUCAUCAUCAGACUCGGACUCAUCGGAUGAGGCAGCUAGUGAGAAUGAAAUGCCAGUGAAAGGCGGAGUGAACAACCGUGCCAUGAGGGAGAUGUUCAGGAGCUACGUGGAGAUGCUGGUCAGCACGGCCCUGGACCCCGACAUGAUCCAAGCUCUGGAGGACACAGAUGACGAGCUGUACCUCCCACCGAUGAGGAAGAUUGACAGCAUCCUCAGCGAACAGAAAAGGAGGCUGCUGAGGAGAGUCAGCAUGAACUCUCAGCACCAGGAAGUCGUGCAUGCUUACCCCCAGAUCAUUGUAGACCCCCUGGACUCAGGAGUGGUCAGGGUGCGGCUGAGCGGUGACGCUUACAACCGCAAGACCCUCAACAGAGUCAAGAAGACCCUGCCUAAACCACAGGACCUUAAACUGUCAUCUGAGACAUAUCGGAUCUACAGUCUCUACCACUCCCUUCAUCACUAUAAAUACCACACCUUCUUACAGUGCAAGAAAGAGACCAACACCAUUGAGCAGGCAGCUGAGGACCCGGGCCAAGAGGAAGUGGUGCAGCAGUGCAUGGCCAACCAGAGCUGGCUGGACACCCUCUUCAGCUCCUUCAUCGAGCUGCUCACGCUCAGCACCAAAGCUUGAGCCAACUGCAGCAAGACGGAGAGAAUUCAUUAAAAGCGAACGGAUUAAAAAAAAAGAGAAGAAAAUCCAAACGGAAAGAGAUGGAUCCUACUGUACAGCCCCCCAACCCUCUUCAAAUCUCUAAUAUCUGAGGAUGAAUUUUUAAGGCCUUUGACGAACAAAAGCGGGUCUGUUCAUGUGACCUCAGACACUGGCCUCUUUUCUUUUUCUUGUUGUUGAUAAAUGACUUUAAGAAAUAUCUUACUUUGUGAGAAGGGGGACCCCGCCAGAUAUGGGGCCGCUGGUGGGUCAAGAGGGAAUUGACGGUUGUUGAAAUGGGAGCGACGCGAUGUGGACAAAGGACUAACAGAGGAGGAGCCGCAAAUGCCAAGUCAACAGAGGAGCCACUGACAUCUUGUUAACUGUGUGUCAUAAAGACAAUAGUUCAAAGAGAAACUAUUACCGCUUAGUUUUUACAUAAAUUAUUUUUUUGAAAAGACUAACAUUCGCUGUUGGCUUUUGAAAAGAGUGGAAGAGGGUGAGAAUGCUUUUUAACCUGCGUGUCGAGCGUGCCGUGAGCUAACGUGAACAUGGACUCGUCUACGAAUAGAAACAUUAAAUGUGUUAACGAACGCUCUCCCUCUCAUCCCGUGUUAUGUCACGGGCAGCACCAGUCCGCUGUGUGAUAAUAUAUAAACACAUUUUUAUUAUUUAUAUGAGGAGGUUUUUAACUUAAACUCUCACAAGCGCUGGGUUUGCUGCCCGGACAUUUUAAAUACCUUUUUUUAUUUUCCACAGGUUCAGUGUACAAUCGGUAACCCACAUAUCCAAGUCGUCUUCCCCUCUAUACAAAAAGAACAGACGUUGAGACAGAAAUAUUGUAUAAAAUACAGUGGGUGUAAAAUAACAAAAACAAAGGAAGAAAAGAAGAAAAAAAAGAAGGGAAUGGGAAAUUCUAUUUGAAACGUAACAUUGUCGUUCUUCAGUUCAAUCAUCAGUCAUGCAGGUGCAAAGAAAAAGAAGUAAACUAUCCAUUUCCCAUGUGGGAAGAAGGAGUAUAAAUAAGUAAUAUUUAAAGAGGAAAUAGUCAUUUCAUUUUUAUCAUUUUGAUGUUUGUGCAUACUAUGACUUAUUUUGAAAACAAUCUAAUUUUCCAUAAAAAAAGGAAAAAAAAGGCGUGUAAAUAUUGUACAGUUCUUGAUGAAAUUCUUUGUCCUUCUGUACAUUAACUCUCCUGUAUUUGAGAAACAAAUAAAAUCUGCAAAGAACAAA